AAAUUCCUUUUACUAUUUACAAAUUCAUCUUGUAAUUUCAUUUAUUUUUAAUAAAUGUUCUAUAAGUGUUAGUUUUAUGAAAUUUCCGUCUUGUAAACAGCAGUUUCAAUCUAUCCAAUACCGUUGGAAUAACGUAUUUACUUCGAAUUUGGAUCUUCGAAUAAUAACGGAUUCUCUUUUUGAAAGCAACAGUACUAUGGAGGAUGAGACCAAAUCGUACAUGCAGAUUCAGAUCGAGAAACUAAAAGCUUUGCGAGCGAAGCUUUCCACCGAGGCUGAGGAAGAUUAUGUUAUUGUGAAACAAGAACGAAGCGGCUAUGAUUCAGACACAAGCGAGUAUUCAGAGGACUCGACGAACUACGAAGAUGUGCCGGCUCCAACCAAAAGUACUGGGACGCGGAAGAAUAUCAACAGGGGGAGGUGGACUAAGGAGGAGGAUAAGAGGUUAAAAAUGUACGUGAAUAUGUACAACGAGCAUUGGGACCUGAUCGCGGCUCAAUUCAACGACAGGUCGGACGUACAGUGCCAGCAGCGUUGGACGAAGGUCGUCAACCCCGAACUAGUCAAAGGUCCUUGGACCAAGGAGGAAGACGAGAAGGUAACCCAACUGGUUGCCAAAUACGGACCUAAAAAAUGGACGCUGAUCGCGCGGCAUUUGAAGGGCAGGAUAGGAAAACAAUGCAGAGAGCGAUGGCACAACCAUCUAAAUCCAUAUAUAAAGAAAACUGCCUGGACGGAACACGAAGACAGAGUAAUAUAUCAAGCUCACAAGUUAUUAGGAAAUCAAUGGGCGAAAAUUGCCAAAUUAUUACCCGGAAGAACGGACAACGCAAUAAAGAACCACUGGAACUCCACAAUGCGUAGGAAGUACGAGCCGGACUUGCUGGAGAACAUCGAGAGCAUCCGCCGCAAACGGGUAAAGCGGCCGGAACUCGCUCACGACGAGAAAGUGUUGUCCGUCUAUAACGAUCAAUGGUCGGAAAACCUGAACGAAUCAACACAAAGCAAUUCGUCAAGCACGAGCCAGCCGGCUUCGAAGCAGAUGAUGCAUUUCAGACAACUGUUGAAGGACCAACUCACCAAUCUUCAACAACAACCGGUACCAAUGAGGCCUAAGAGUCCAGAUAGAGGGGGGUUGGUCGCGGCCGAUGUGGAAAUUGUCGAUUCUCCUAUAAAAUUCGUGAACAUGGAAUCGUUCCCCGAAGAAUCUCGAUUGAGAAGUUUAUUCAGCGUUUCGACGUCGAACGCAAAUGACAAUCCCCAUAGUGUGACGUACUCGAUCCAAACGGAGCCAAGCAAGGAGAUAGUGGUGCCAUCUGUGUACUCGUCGCCGAGCAAGAAGCUUCUGGAGACCAACAGCCCGCCGCCGAUACUCAGGAGGAAACCGAAGAAGAGUAACCCCAAUGGAUGGCCCGACUCUGUGACCAAAAUGCUGGAGUCUCGCGACAGCGGCGUGACUCCCAUCAAAGCUUUGCCGUUCAGUCCGUCGCAGUUCCUCAACUCUCCGCUGGGGUUGGCUCAGAUUGAUUGUACGCCGUUACGGAAUCAUCACACUAAGGAUUGGUCUGCGAGUCCGCUACUGCACACUCCGACGCCGGCAAAUCUCACGCCAAUUAAUACUCAUCUUAAGAAUGGCACGCCUAAAACACCAACUCCAUUCAAGAUAGCGAUGGCUGAAAUUGGCAAGAAGUCUGGAAUUAAUUACGAGCCAUCGAGUCCGAACUGCCUCGUGGAAGACAUCACGGAGAUGAUCAAACGUGAAGAGAAUUCAGACAGCACUGUGCAGCUGAACGACUCCAUGUUGUCAGCCACUGCGGAACAAGAACAAGGGAAUGUUCCGGUGAACGACUCCGGCAUAGGGACACUGAAGCGUCGCGUCUCCGAAAGCUCGCAGCAGGGCAAGGAGAACGUGCCCAGCAUCCACAAGAGGGCUCGCAAGGCGCUGGCGGCCAACUGGGGCGCCUGUACCAGCACGCCGCACAGCGACCGCGUGCCUGAUGUCUUCAUGGCUGAGACUCCGAGCAAAACUCUCGCCGGAGACAGUUCAGUAAUGUUCUCACCGCCUUCCAUCGUCAAGAAUUCCAUUCUAGAAGAAUCCACAAGCCUCCACAGCCUAAUGAGCGCCGAAAACACGCCCAACACCAGCCAAUACGAAGAACUCGAUAUAGAAUCCGUCAUCACCAACAAAACUAAGGUGCCUCCAUCUUCGGCCGUGGUGAAGAAAUCAGCCGUACGCUCCAUAAAGUUCGACCAAGAGCCAACGCUUGAGGAGAAAUCAAACGCAUCAGCUUCGUUCAUCAAUUUGUCUAUGGAUGAACCAAAAUGGGUGACAUUCGCGUAUGGGAAGACCCAAGAUCAACUGGAUUUGACGGUCCUUGCCCACCAGUAUUUGAGGAAGACUGCAUUGAAACCACGCUCCCUUAAUUUUUGAAUUAAACAUCUUUCCAAACCCACAGACCAAUUCAAUAAUAGACUGAACAUCAAUUUAUCUCAGAUUUUGAAAAUGUUCAGAGGUCACAUUGGUCUUUUAAUACUACCAAAUUGCCGUAAUUCUAUGUUCGGCCUAUAUUUGUCUCUGUAUUGAGAAGUCUCUAAAACAAACACACUUUUAGAUCAAAAAAAGUAUAUAGAGUUUCUUUUAUAGGCCAAAAGACUACUUGGCCAAGUAUGGUAAUACACGGGUGGAUUAUCGAAAUAUUAUGCGAAAAAAAAUAUUUGAAUUUGAAUAUGUGAAAUAUAGAAGAAAGGUGGAGACAUCUUAACUGUGAGAGCUUAUAUGGACUGAAAACAUUUUCUGAAUGCGGGUUUAUUAUCUUCCGGCCAUAAACAAUAAGGGACAACAUUCUGAGGUCCAUAUUUUGCCCUUUAAUUGUAACGCAUAUUUUUUUUGGCAUAAUCAUCGUUUCGCAUAACAUUUAACAUAAAGUACCUAUAUGUGAAACGAACAUUACGUCAAAAAUCUUAUGCGAUCCCAAAAUUACUGAAUACAUUAAAAUGUUUAAGACUAAAUAUGGACUUAUGAUUACAGUUUAGUGUCAAAAUCGUAAAUCACUGAUGUCUUAUUAAAAUAUUGAUGGAACUGUUGUAAUUAACUAGGCUUGCGUUGCCUGCUUUUUUUUUUUAAACUUAUGUGUGUAAAUGAAUGUGUGAUUUUGUAUAUGCUUAGUUUAAUGCGAUGAUAUAAAAUGGAAAUUAUUUUAUUACCUUUGAACUUCACAUAAAUUAUGUUAUGCAAAAAAAAAAGAUAUUUUCUAGUAUUUUGCAAAAUAUAUAUUACAUUCAUUAAUGCAUCAUGUAAAUGUUUUAUUAGGUAUGUUCUUUGAUAGGAUAAUAAUUAGGAUUUUAGUAAAUAUUUUUGUAAAUAUUUUGCAUUUUAUUUAGUUUAUUAUUAUAAUUUAGUAUAAUAUGCAUGUACGUAUAAUUAUGGAAGAAUUAUUCGUAAAUUAUGUUUUUUUAAUAGAUUUACAGUAUCGGCCCAUGAUUAAGUAAGAACCAAACGAUUCAAGUCAUUUUUAAAAGUGGAUUUUUUAUCAACAAACAUUUAAAACCUGUGUUUGCUAUUACGCAUAUUUGCUAUUUUGCAGUAAGGCAUAUUAUGCCUUAUUGUAACGAAUCCAUACUUGAAGCGAGUUUUAUUUGCCUAAAUUUAUUUCUUAUUUAAUUAUCUUUUUAAUUAAGUAACCAAUAUAGUACAAAUUUAGGUAUGUAGUAUGUAUAGUGUACGUGCGUAGCGAAGUGAAUAUUUUUUUAUUUGUUAUAAAUUAAGAAAUGUAAUGUUUUUUUCACAUAUUAUGAAAAUUCGGGUCAUUUAAAUUUAGGUUAAUUAUGGAAAACAAUAGGUCAUCAAAAAAAAAAACGAACGAAUAAAAAAAUCUGGUAUUACAAUAUCUAUACUACUUAAUAUUAUAAAGCUGAAGAGUUUGUUUGCUUGUUUGAACGCGCUUAUCUCAAAAACUACUGGUUCGAAUUGAAAAAAGUCUUUUUGUUAUCGAGGAAGCUGAAGAACGCACGCUGCAACUAUAAGGAGCAAAGAAAUAAUGGAAAAUGUGAAAAAAAAACGGGGAAAAUUAUUCAUCCUUGAGGGCUUCAAUGAUGCCCAAAAUAACUAUUCCACGCGGACGAAGUUGCGGGCACAGCUAGUCAAAAUAUAUAAUUUGGAAUUAUAUUGUUUCUAAAGAAAUUAUUUUUGUAAGAAGGUCAAUAUUGUAAAAAAAAAAAUAGUUUGUCCAUCCAGUCAUAGUGGAAUAGAGUUAACAUUUUGUGAACUACGGAAUAAUGAAUGGCAAAAACUAUACCAUUUAGAUUUUCGACUUGUUAUUGGCACAUAUAUUUUUUUCACAGAUGGUCAUUGCGAUUUUCCUAGAGCAGAGCCCGUGGUCCGUGUAAUAACUGGACUUUCUUAAUUACAUAUCUUAGGCGAACCCCGGGCUCCUAUCUAAUGAAUGAAACAAGGAAAAAAGCUGGGAAGAUGAUGUUGAUACUAACUGGGUCAGUAGUACGCUGUAUUUAAUUAGAUAGUAUAAUUCGUAGCGUUUGGUGAGCAAAGCAAUAUUUAUAAACUUUUAUUUAUGUUAACUUUAAAUAGCUUUAUAUUACGUUUUACUUUGUAUUGUCUAUUGUGUAGUUUUAUUAAUUCUGUUCGCUUUGAAUGAUUUAGUAAUAACUGUCGGUGAAAAAAACAACAAAAAAUAACUUUAAAAUUAUUUUAAACAAGCAUGAUCAUACUCUCAUGAUCUAUUUUCAAUAUUGCAAUUGAAAAGAAGAGGUUAGCACUCAUCAAACUAAUUUACUCAGAGAAGAGUCAUUAAAUAAAUAAAUAAAAACACACAAUAAAUGAAUAAAAUUACACAAAUUGAAUUUUGAAACUGUGCAUCGUCUUUUUUUUAGGUUCCAUAACCAUUCGGCCACUGAACUUCUGUGCUCAAAAAAUUAUAUAUGUACAUAUAUAUUCAAAGUAAAACCGCCUUGAUUAUGCCAUGUGAGAUGCAAUAUAUUUUUUACAUAUUUAUAUUAUGCAAGUGUUCGUAAUAUGCGACUAUUGUUAGCCUCCUUUAUUAUUGUUUUUUUUAAACGACAAGUUUUUUUUUAAAUAUUUUAACGUUUGACCGUGUGUAGUGUUUAAAUAAUUCGCAUUUCUUGGCCAUAUCUUAUGGUAUUUUAUACAAAGACUAAUAUACCUGUUUUACUAUGUGACUAUUGUAAUUGUAAAUACUAGUUUUAAGGAGGUUUUAUGGUGGAA